AUGCCUUCCUCCGAACCAGUUCCUAUGGUUGAAAUAGAAGCUCCGCCCUUAUGUCUUCAAAACGAGUGGUCCCGCCCCUUCCUCAGCGCACAGUAUAUAAAGGUCGCCACAGCCUAUGCUAAAAUCAUACCUGGUGAUCUCUUACAUAGCCGCCAUGAAGAUUUCCACUACCACCCUUGGGCAGUCACUACUUUAAUUGAAUUUUGUCCUCGGGAUUGUACUGGCAGAGAAUUGUGUGUGCAGAACCCACAGAUGUUGAGUGUGUCAGCUACUGAUUUAGUGAUCGUUCUUGCCUGUCUUGCCGCCGUGGCUGUUGCCGCCCCUCAGCUUGAGGAGCGAGUCGUCGAACUCCUUCGUGAUGACCGUGUAGCCAAUGAGGACGGUACCUUCUCCUACGCUCUAGAAGCUGACAACGGCAUCAAGACAGCCGUUUCUGGAAGCAUCGGAGCUGAAGGCCAGAUCAACCAGGAGGGAUCUUACACUUUUAUCCUCGAGGACGGUACCCAGGCUAUUGUCUCUUUCGUGGCCAACGAGAACGGCUUCCAGCCCCAGUCCAGCAUCCUGCCCACUCCCCACCCUCUUCCUGAACACGUCUUUGAGCUGCUGGAAAUCGCUGAGCGUCAGCGCGCUGAGGGCAUCGUGUUCGAAUAA